CCAUAAGAUAAGACCAUCCCUUAGGCUUAAUAUAUCUUCCUCUCAUAUAUAGUUUCCUUAAUUUCCUCAACCUUUGUCAACCUUUGCCUCUAAUUCCUUGCCAUUAACAAACAAAUCACGCAAGGCGCCAAUUUGCUUCAUAUCAUUUGCCGUUUUAGUUCAAGACAAACAUGGAGUUGUUCAAAACAGCCAGAGUGGUACGCUUACGAAGUCACCACGACAAAUAUCUAUUAGCAGACGAAGAUCAUGAGUCGGUAUGCCAAGAUCGGGAUGGAACGGUGAGGAAUGCGAGAUGGACUGUGGAGUUUGUCAAAAAUUCAAACACUUUACGUUUCAAAAGCUGUUAUGGCAAGUACUUGACAGCCUCCAACAUGCCGUUCAGGCUAGGAUUGAGAGGCAAGAAAGUCCAACAAACCCUGCCAAAGAGAUUGGAUUCUUCUCUGGAAUGGGAGCCUAUAAGAGAAGGAUGUCAGGUCAGGCUUAAGACUCCCUACGGCCAAUUCUUGCGCGCAAACGGGGGUGUGCCGCCUUGGAGAAACUCUAUCACCCAUGAUGUCCCUCAUAGAACUGCAACCCAGGACUGGGUUCUGUGGGAUAUAGAUGUUAUAGAGUUUCGGCCUGAAUCUCCAGAACAUCGGCCUGAAUCUCCAGAACGUAGACCAGUGGCUCUACCCCCGCCCCCUCCACCACCUGAAUCUCCAGAACGUCGGCCUGAAUCUCCAGAACGUCAGCCUGAAUCUCCAGAAAGUAGACCAGUGGCUCUACCCCCGCCCCCUCCACCACCUGAACUGCUUGCAGAACCUACAGAACCAACAUCUCCAUCCAAGAUUGAGCUUAGGUCGCCGCGAACUUCCAAAGAAAAGUCAAGUGAGUCAUUAAAUCAUGGUUCUCCGAUGAAAGGUGUAGGGAGAAUGAUCCACUAUCAUGUGGCUAAUGAUAAAGGAGACGUCGAGGAUUCAGCCGAGGAGUUUUCCUUCUCCUUCAAGGGUAGCGAGGUAGAGGGGUUGAAGAAAAAGUUGAAGGAAGAGAUCGGGCUAGAGGAAAUUGUUGUGUGUUCUCGUAAUCCACUGAAUGGGAAACUGUAUCCCAUUCGUUUACAUCUUCCUCCAAACAACCAUGAUAUGCAUGUUGUUGUGGUUCCCUCUUCAUCUGAAGCAGGAAGUGACUUGUGACUGGACUGAAUUUGCAAAACCUACAAACAUCAGAUGCCCGCUUAUUCUAUACAUUCAGUUCCGAAUCUGCUCAAAUUUGCAAAUACAGAUAGGAAGCAGAGUGGAAUAACCAUAACUCAUCAUUCACAUCGCUACAGAGAGGAAGUAGCAAAUCAUGCACAAAAGCAAAGGAAAUGUCUUUUCCAGAUGAUUAUUCAGUAAAUUGGUUCGUUAAAUUUUUCAGGGCUAUACGCAAUUACUUUGUUCAUUUUUUGAUAUUCUUGAUGUAUGAGAACAAAUAAGACAAGUCUCAUUUGGCACAACCAACUA